CAGAGGCAGUAAGUGAAGUCUGCCAUGAGUGCCAAAGUAGAGCUGGAUGUUUCAGCCAAAGAAGCAGAUCCCAAUCCUCCCACUGACUCCAGUGAUGCCCUCUCCUCCAAUGACAGCCUGUCAAAGAAGACACACCCACAGACCACCACAGCACUCAUCCUGCCUGGUGAGAUAAGGCCACCAUAACACUCCUUGAACUAUGACACUCAAUAGUGUUCCGUAAUGUAUUGCACCCUGAACAUUCUUCAACUCAGAGAUAUGCUGCACACUGUCCUACAUUUCGACAAACCAGAGAGGGUACAUACUACCCUCCUACUAGUUUCACGCAGCUACAUGUCACAUUUGCUCAGAACUUAGAAGACUGGCCCCUCUCUCCCCAGCCCCUGUUCCCAGUACACAGAAGGUGGAGGUCUCUACAGGUGCUGCUGAGGCAGGUAAUGGAGCCACAGCUGGAGAGGUGGAAACCCCCACUCUAGCCCCCCAGGUUGGCGGGGCCUGUAGCAUCGUCCAUGUGCUGGAGUGGAAAGAAGGGAUGGCCAUCUUACCCAGCAACAACCUUAAGGUGAAUGACAUCUCAUGGCCAUUUUAUGUUAUUAUAAGCAUAGGGUUCUCUAGUAUUAGGCAUUGUUGGAGUAAAGAGGCACCAUGUAUGCCAGCCUGGUCUCAUAGACUAGACAUAACAUAGUAAAUGUAAAAACAUAGUAAAUGUAAAUCUGGAACACUCAAAUUAGUAUGAUAUGUUUGGUAUGGUUACAUAAGACAAGACAGAAGGUUGCCCAAAGGUUGCUUGUUCGAAUCUCAAAACGGACAACUUUAGCAUUUUAGCUAAUUAGCAACUUUGCAACUACUUACUACUUGUUGCUCCUUUGCAACUACUUAGCAUGUUAGCUAACCUUAUAACUUUAACCCCUUGCCAAACUAAUGUUAGCCACCUAGCUAACGUUAGCCACAACAAAUUGGAAUUCGUAACAUCAUACGUUUUGCAAAUUCGUAACAUAUUGUACGAAUUGCAAUUUGUAACAUAUUGUACGAAUUGCAAUUCAUAACAUUUCAUACAAAUUGUAAUUCGUAACAUAUCAUACGAAAUGGACAUCCACAAAUGAAUGCAUACGAAACGUAACAUGUCACACUAAUUGGAGUGUCCCGGAUUUACCCCUGAGUCCAGGUUGUGUAUGCACAUGGUUGAAAUUCAGUAUGUGUAUUUUUCAGUUCUGUGUGAGUGACUGUGGAACACUGGAGAUGAUCAGCCAAGGGAAAAUCAGCAGUGCUGAACCAGCAGUAAUGGUGUCUGGGAAAAUACCUGACUCCAAAAACAGGCCAACUAAAAAAACAGGUAGGCCACUGGAAAUUAGUAAUAUUGUGUGUUUUCUGCAGCUUAACAGUCUCUUAACUAAACCCUAAUGAAAAUAAUCUAGCUAGUGAACUAGCAAGUUCACACAUCAUAUUUCAUUCCAGAAAUAUCCUCAAAAACUAUUAAGAGCUUUAAACAGGUCAACAUUCACAAGGCCGCAGGACCAGAGGGAUGUCUUCACUGACAUUUUCAACCUCUCCUGACCGAGUCUGUAAUACCUGCAUGUUUCAAGCAGACCACCAUAGUCCCUGUGCCCAAGAACGCCAAGGUAACCUGCCUAAAUGACUACCGCCCCAUAGCACUCAUGUCUGUAGCCAUGAAGUGCUUUGAAAGGCUGGUCAUGGCUCACAUCAACCCCAUCAUCCCAGAAACCCUAGACCCACUACAAUUCGCAUACAGCCCCAACAGAUCCACAGAUGACGCAAUCUCCAUUGCACUCCACAAUGCCCUUACCCACCUGGACAAAAGGAACACCUAUGUGAGAAUGCUGUCCGUUGACUACAGCUCAGCGUUAAACACCAUAGUGGGGGUCCUCAGAUCCUCAAAAAGUUAUAGUCCUCCAAAAGGCUCCUUAACAGCUUCUACCCCCAAGCUUCUACCCCCAAGCCAUUAGACUGCUAAACAGUGAAUCAAAUGGCUACCCAGAAUAUUUGCAUUGCCCCCCUUUUUUAAGCUGCUGCUACUCGCUGUUUAUUAUCUAUGCAUAGUCACUUUACCCCUACCUACACUACCGUUCAAAAGUUUUAGAACACCUACUCAUUCAAGGGUUUUUCUGUAUUUUUAAUAUUUUCUACAUUGUAGAAUAAUGGUGAAGAGAACAAAACUAUGAAAUAACCCAUUUUUUUUUUUUUGUCAUUUUAGCAGACGCUCUUAUCCAGAGCGACUUACAGUUAGUGAAUACAUAUAUAUAUAUUUUUUAUACUGGCCCCCCGUGGGAAUCGAACCCACAACCCUGGCGUUGCAAACGCCAUGCUCUAUCAACUGAGCUACAUCCCUGCCGGCCAUUCCCUCCCCUACCCUGGACGACGCUGGGCCAAUUGUGCGCCGCCCAUGAGUCUCCCGGUCGCGGCCGGCUGCGACAGAGCCUGGAUUCGAACCAGGAUCUCUAGUGGCACAGUUAGCACUGCGAUGCGGCGCCUUAGACCACUGUGCCACUCAGGAGACAUUUGGAAUCAUGUAGUAACCAAAAAAGUGUUAAACAAAUCAAAUAUAUUUUAUAUUUGAGAUUCUUCAAAUAGCCACCCUUUGCCUUGAUGACAGCUUUGCACACUCUUGGCAUUCUCUCAACCAGCUUCAUGACGUAGUCACCUGCAAUGCAUUUCAAUAAUCAGGUGUGCCCUCUUAAAAGUUAAUUUGUGGAAUUUCUUUCCUUAAUGCGUUUGAGCCAAUCAGUGGUGUUGUGACAAGGUAGGGGGGGGGGGUAUACAGAAGAUAGCCCUAUUUAGUAAAAGACCAAGUCCAUAUUAUGGCAAGAACAGCUCAAAUAAGCAAAGAGAAACGACUGUCCAUCAUUACUUUAAGACAAGAAGGUCAGUCAAUGCGGAAAAUUUCAAGAACUUUGAACAUUUCUUCAAGUGCAGUCGCAAAAACCAUCAAGCGCUAUGAUGAAACUGGCUCUCAUGAGGUCCUUCACAGGAAUGGAAGACCCAGAGUUACCUCUGCUGCUGAGGAUAAGUUCAUUAUAGUUAUCAGCCUCAGAAAUUGCAGCCUAAAUGCUUCACAGAGUUCAAGUCACAGACACAUCUCAACAUCAACUGUUCAGAGGGGACUGUGUGAAUCAGGCCUUCAUGGUCGAAUUGCUGCAAAGAAACCACUACUAAAGGACACCAAUAAGAAGAAGAGACUUGCUUGGGCCAAGAAACACGAGCAAUGGACAUUAGACCGUGGAAAUGUGUCCUUUGGUCUGGAGUCCAAAUUGGAGAUUUUUGGUUCCAACUGCCAUGUCUUUGUGAGACACGGUGUGGGUGAACGGAUGAUCUCCGCAUGUGUAUUUCCCACCGUAAAGCAUGGAGGGGGAGGUGUUAGGGUGUGGGGGGGUUUCUGGUGACACUGUCUGUGAUUUAUUUAGAAUUCAAGGCACACUUAACCAGCAUGGCUACCACAGCAUUCUGCAGUGAUACGCCAUCCCAUCUGGUUUGGGCUUAGUGGGACUAUCAUUUGUUUUUCAACAGGACAAUGACCCAACACACCUCCAGGCUGUGUAAGGGCUAUUUGACCAAGAAGGAGAGUGAUGGUGUGCUGCAUCAGAUGACCUGGCCUCCACAAUCCCCCGACCUCAACCAAAUUGAGAUGGAUUGGGAUGAGUCGGACCGCGGAGUGAACGAAAAGCAGCCAACAAGUGCUCAGCAUAUGUAGGAACUCCUUCAAGGCUGUUGGAAAAGUAUUCCAGGUGAAGCUGGUUGAGAGAAUGCCAAGAGUGUGCAAAGCUGUCAUCAAGGCAAAGGGUGGCUAUUUGUUUAACAGUUUUUUGUUUACUACAUGAUUCCAUAUGUGUUAUUUCAUAGUUUUGAUGUCUUCACUUAUUAUUCUACAAUGUAGAAAAUAGUAAAAAUACAGAAAAACCCUUGAAUGAGUAGGUGUUCUAAAACUUUUGACCGGUACUGUACAUGUACAUAUUACCUCAAUUACCUCGACUAACCUGUGCCACUGCACAUUGAUUCGGUACCGAUACCCCCUGUAUACAGUGCAUUCUGAAAGUUUUCAGACCUCUUGAAUUUUUCCACAUUUUGUUACGUAAAUAAAAAAACAGAAUUCAGACCCUUUGCUAUGAGACUCAAAAUUGAGCUCAGGUGCAUCCUGUUUCCAUUGAUCCUCCUUGAGAUAUUUCUACAACUUUAUUGGAGUCCACCUGUGGUAAAUUCAAUUGAUUGGACAUGAUUUGGAAAGGCACACACCUGUCUAUAUAAGGUUCCACAGUUGACAGUGCAUGUCAGAGUAAAAACCAAGCCAUGAGGUUGAAGUAAUUGUCCGUCGAGCUCCGAGACAGGAUUAUGUCGAGGCACAGAUCUGGGAAAGGGUACCAAAAAAUGUCUGCAGCAUUGAAGGUCCCCAAGAACACAGUGGCCUCCAUCAUUCUUAAAUGGAAGAAGUUUGGAACCACCAAGACUCUUACUAGAGCUGGUCGCCUGGCCAAUCUGAGCAAUCGGGGGAGAAGGGCCUUGGUCAGGGAGGUGACCAAGAACCCGAUGGUCAAUCUGACAGAGCUCCAGAGUUCCUCUGUGGAGAUGGGAGAACAUUCCAGAAGGACAACCAUCUCUGCAGCACUCCACCAAUCAGGCCUUUAUGGUAGAGUGGCCAGACGGAAGCCACUCCUCAGUAAAAGGCACAUGACAGCCCACUUGGAGUUUGCCAAAGGGCACCUAAAGGACAAGAUUCUCUGGUCUGAUGAAACCAAGCUUGAAAUCUUUGGCCUGAAUGCCAAGUGUCAUGUCUGGAGGAAACCUGGCACCAUCCCUACGGUGAAGCAUGGUGGUGGCAGCAUCAUGCUGUGGGGAUGUUUUUCAGCGGCAGGGAUUGGGAGACUAGUCAGGAUCGAGGGAAAGAUGAACGGAGCAAAGUACCAAAAGAUCCUCGAUGAAAACCUGUUCAGGACCUCAGACUGGGGCCACGGUUCACCUUCCAACAGGACAACGACCCUAAGAACACAUCCAAGAUAACGCAGGAGUGGCUUCGGGACAAGUCUCUGAAUGUUGUUGUGUGGCCCAGCCAGAGCCCGGACUUGAACCCGCUCAAACAUCUCUGGCCAGACCUGAAAAUAGCUGUGCAGCGUCGCUCCCCAUCCAACCUGACAGAGCUUGAGAUGAUCUGCAGAGAAGAAUGGGUGAAACUCCCCAAAUACAGGGGUGCCAAGCUUGUAGCGUCAUACCCAAGAAGACUCGAGGCUGUAAUCGCUGCCAAAGGUGCUUCAACAAAGUACUGAGUAAAGGGUCUGUAUACUUAUGUAAAUAUGAUAAUUCCGUUUUUUAAAUUGUAAUACAUUUGCAGAAAUGUCUAAAAACCUGUUUUGCUUUGUCGUUAUGGGUUAUUGUGUGUAGAUUAAUGAGGGAAAAAAACAAUUUCAUCCAUUUUAGAAUAAGGCUGUAACUUAACAGAAUGUGGGAAAAGUCAAGGGGUCUGAAUACUUUCCGAAUGCACUAUAUAGCCGCGUUCUAUUUUAUUGUUACUUUUUUUCUAACUUUAGUUAAUUUGAUUUUGUAUUUAUUGUUUUAGCAAAAAAUAAAUAAACUUUAAAACAAAUUCUGCAUUGUUGGUUAAGGGCUUGUAAGUAAGCAUUUCACAGUAAGGUCUACACCUGUUGUAUUCGGCGCAUGUGACAAAUAAAAUUUGAUUUGAUUCCAUUGUAGAUGUGGUGUCUCCUCUCAGCUCUGUGGGUGGUGUGGCCGUGGAACAGGAGAGGCCCAUCAAGACUGAGCCUAAGACCCAUGGAGGGCCAGGCCAACAGGAGAGCUGUGAUCUUAUGGCACAGAGAACCUACCCAGAGCAGCUACGCAGGGAGCCCAUGACUGACAAGUAAGUACUAAAGGCUGAAGCCUAUCCACACUUUAGAAAAUAAUGUUUUGUGAUAACAUCCUUUUACCAUUGAAAGUGCAAUUUAUGCUCAAUUAAAAUCAAGGAAGCAUGAUAAGCAUACCGUGGUUGCUCAGACACAAAACAAACAAACUGCAGGAAGAUAUUAACCACCAUGCAGAAGAUGUAACAUAGGUCAUAGGUAGCCUAAGGCAAAACUUUGUGUAGUGGACUCAACUAUUCUCUUAUCUGGCCCUUAGGAGGGGGGGAGGUGCAGAGAAGAUUCCUGGGGGCAGGGUAGCAUCUCUGGACCCUGAGCUGCUCAAACCCAUGAAGAAGAGGAAGAGGAAGGACUACCUGAGUCCGUCAGAGGAAGAGUUUGAGUUGGAUGGCAUGGUGGGAAAUGCUCGAGUGUCACUCUAUCCCACAUAAAUCAUGCACAAUGUAGUAGUAUAUUUUGUUGUUGUAAUAAGUAAAUUACCUCACAUGUAUGUGAUGGCCGUAUGCAUCAAUAAACAAUUUUGUUCAGUACAACUAUUCAUAGUGGAGGCACUGUCUUUGUUGUAGUAAAUGUAUGUCUUGUAUUUGUGGUUCUAGGAUUACUUGAAGACAGAAAGCAGACACAACAAAGCGGGUAAGAAUCAGCAAAAUGUUAAAUAAAAAACCCUAUAUUCAUGUCAUAUUUCCGUUGUGUCAGAACUCCCAUAAGCUUUAUGUUGUGUUUUCUGUCUGUGUACAACAGGUGCUGGUGAAGUCAAUAUGGAGCUGUGGACAUGGGGACAGUAUCUGGAGGAGACCAAAGCAGUGGCAGCUCCGGCCAAACUCUUUCAAGAGGUGGGUUUUAUUCUCUUUCGAUACAUACUAAAUGAGAGAACAAAAGUUGAUAUUCUUUGCAUAUUAAAGUGUGUGUGAGUGGGCGUGUGGGCAUGUGUGUAAGGCUGUGCUUUUCUCACUAUGACCCCCUGUAUUUCCAGUCUCAGAGGGUCCCGCAGUGCAAAAGCAGCUUCCGCCAGGGCAUGAAGUUAGAGGGCAUCGACCCCCAGCACCCCUCCAUGUACUUUGUUCUGUCUGUGGCUGAGGUACUGUGUGCAGCGCUGCUCAACCUACAGUCACAUGUUCUUUGAGGUUUGCUUCUACCUCUCUCCCUGUCCUGACUGUUUUUCUUCAUACACACUACACACUCUGACUGAACACAUUGAAGAAUAACAGAGAGAGAGCGAGAGCGAUAUAAGGCAAGAGACAGGAAGAGAGGAAUCCACAUAACUGGGGAAAGACACGGAGAGAGACUUGGGGAGACAUGGUUUGACUCCUGUCUGUCUUGUCCUGUCUGUAGGUUUGUGGCUACAGGCUGCGUCUCCAUUUUGACGGCUACUCAGACUGUCAUGACUUCUGGGUAAACGCCAACUGCCCCGACAUCCACCCGGCGGGAUGGUGUGAGAGCACUGGACACAAACUGUACACCCCCAAAGAUAAGAAUACACUGGGCUUUGGUUUGGGGUUGGGCUGCGCUUUGGACACUGAUUUGUUUAAUGUUCACAUUUUGAUUGUGGCGCAGAACAUUCGCCCAAGCAUCCAAAGUAUCUAAUUCAUAAAGUAAUUAAUGAGAAUGUCCUUAUUGGAGUAUUGGUCCAGGAAAAUGUCCACAUCAUAUGUUUGUGUCUGUUUGUGCCACAGGCUGCAAAGAGGAGGAGUUCUCCUGGGCCAGCUACCUGAGAAUGAGUAAAGCACAAGUUGCCCCUAAAGAGGUGUUUGCCAGCCCUGGAAGAGUAAGUAUAAGCACGACUCUUAUCCUCAAUCAGUGGCAUGCAUCUGCCUGAAGUAAGUAACUGUAAGCGGCUAAUGUGGUGUGUUUGUGUUGGUGGCCCCCUGGUCAGACGGAUACGGAGUGUGGCUUUGAGGUGGGCAUGAAGCUGGAGGCGGUCGACCGCAUGAACCCCUCUCUCAUCUGCGUGGCGACCGUGACCGACGUGGUGGACGACCGCUUCCUGGUUCACUUUGAUAACUGGGACGACACGUACGAUUACUGGUGAGGCCAUUUUUCAUGGCUUCUCUAAAAUAAUUACUGUGCAGUUUUAGUAGCCAUGAUACCAUGAUUUAUAUUCUAAACUGAUUGGUCGAUGUUGCAUUACCCCAUCCAGGUGUGACGCCAGCAGUCCAUACAUCCAUCCUAUUGGCUGGUGCCAAGAGAGGAGCCUCCCCCUCACGCCACCUCAAGGUGACUGACAAAGUUCUAAGAUAUGAAUAUAGAUCUAAUAAGUGAACUAUAGGGAAUGCAGUGGCAUUUCACACACACCUAUGAACUAGAUCCCAUGUGCCCUGUCUGUCCUGUCAGAUUACCCAGACCCAGGCAGGUUCUCCUGGCCAAGGUACCUCGACGAGACUGGCUCUACCGCCGUGUCUGCUGAGGCUUUUAAAGUGGUGAGUACUGAAAACUUGUUGCAAUGACAUGGACAUGGAUGAAUACAUUUUACUUGACUUGAAUUCUUUUUGGUGGGGUAAAGUGCAGUUGUGAACAUAAUUACUGUUAUGAGGUAAGGAGUUGGAAUGAGAUUAACUAUAGGGACUGAUUUGAGGUUAAGUGGCGUUGUGUGAUGAUGAUGUGACCCUCCGCAGCGUCCUGCCCAUGGCUUCCAGGCUCAGAUGAAGCUGGAGGUGGUGGACAAAAGGAGCCCCGGCCUGAUCCGGGUGGCCACAGUGGAGGAGGUCGACACCCACCGCAUUAAGGUCAACCAACAGUGUGUGUGUGUGUUAGUGAUGCGCAGGUCAGCUGUUUGUUCACCCACCCGCAAUUGCAAAUAACCCAUCCGCAACCGCCCGACUAUACACUGAGUGUACAAAACAUUAAGAACACCUGCUCUUUCCAUGAUAUAGACUGACCAGGUGUGAAAGAUAUGGUCCCUUUUUGAUGUCACUUGUUAAAUCCACUUCAAAUCAGUGUAGAUGAAGGGGAGGAGACAGGUUAAAGAAGGAUUUUUGAAGCCUUGAGACAAUUGAGUCAUGGAUUGUGUAUGUGUGCCAUUCAGAGGGUGAAUGGGCAAGACAAAACGAUUUAAGUGCCUUUGAAUGGGGUACGGUAGUAGGUGCCAGGUGCACCGGUUUGUCUGAAGAACUGCAACGCUGCUAGGUUUUUCACGCUCAACAGUUUCCCGUGUGUAUCAAGAAUGGUCCACCACCCAAAGGACAUCCAGCCAACUUGACACAACUGUUGGAAGCAUUGGAGUCAACAUGGGCCAGCAUCCCUGUGGAACACUUUCGACACCUUGUAGAGUCCAUGCCCCGACGAAUUGAGGCUGUUCUGAGGGGGGGAACUCAUAUAUUAGGAAGGUGUUCCUAAUUUUUGGUAUACUCAGUGUAUGUGAUAAAGUGAAAAUCUGAGGCCCGCACUCGACCCUAACCCGCAUAUAUAGAAAAUGCGCUGUACAGUUCCCUUUUUUUCUCUUGAACAUUUAUUGAACAAUGACAUUUUUCUUGAACAUUUCUUCAUUUAUUUAUUAAAUGUUUAGGUCUAUUGAACAGUAGCCUAAUGUUUUUCUGAAACAAAAAAUGUCAAACAAUUGCCUAAAUUGACACCUUGCGCAUGGUUUUUAUGCCCAAGUUCCCAAAAGCAUGUGGGGAUUGCUGUCUAUUUGGCGCAUGUUAGUCCCUAAAGCUUAGGCUUAUGCACUAAUGCCAAAUAAAAAAUUAUGAAAGAAAAACCUCAAUGUAACCUAUAGAUAUGAAUUGCACAAGAUAAUACAUUUUUUAUACAGUGUUUUUUUUUUUCGCCCUUCAUCCACAAUAUUUCAUGACCCUAAACCCACCCGCCCGUGGAUACAACGUGGGGACUGCAGGUUAUGAGUCAACCCGCGCAUCACUAGUGUGCGUGUCUUGCGGUUGUAUGUGCCAGUGCCACUACUACACUCCCAUAACUAUAUCAUAUUAUACCAUAUUAUACCAUACUCCCACAGAUCCAUUUUGAUGGCUGGAGUCAUAUGUAUGAUGAGUGGAUGGACUCGGACCACCCUGACACCCACCCGGUCGGCUGGUGUGAGAGUACGGGUCACCCACUAAAAGUCCCACCCCCUGAGUCCAACAAAACCCAACAACUUGGUAACAGCUACCAUACUUCUCUAACUCUACUUCACCUUGAAAUGAGUGCUUAAAUGUUCUGUUUGAUGAUGUUGGGCUCUGUGUAUGUUUGUGUGUGUGUUUUAAUAAGGCCCCAGGGAACCUGCAACCACAGGCCAGUCCAGUUUCUCCUCCAUGCCUUGCAAAGUAAUCAGCCACUCCAGAUCCACCAAGUACAGCUUCCAUCACAGGUCAGUAGUCGCCAGAAACAGGUCUCUGAAAUGCCUAUGAAGCAGUAAAUGUAAGUGGAUGUGUUCCAUACCAACCUUAUGAUUAUGUUAUCAUGAUGUUAUAAUGAAGUCAACUCUACUGUUUGAAACAGGAAGUGUCCGACACCUGGAUGUGAUGGCUCGGGUCACGUGACUGGGCGGUUCACAGCGCAUCACUGUCUGUCAGGCUGCCCAUUGGCUGAGCGAAACCAGGGAAGACUCAAGACCGACCUAUCAGAUACAGAGGGGAGUGGAGCCAAGCGGAACAUCUUAGUCUUUGGCCAAAGGACCAAAAAGUCCCGGUACCAUGGCAGGUAAGCCUCAUGUUAACAGUGGCUAAGGCUGUUAUAGUCAUAGUGGUAUAUUGAUAUAACCUCUGCUACUGUAGCCCCCCUUCUCACCAGUUUCUCUCUUUUUCUAUUGUCAGGAUUGGCCGUCCCCCCAAGUAUAGAAAAAGCCAGCAUAGAGCGUACCAGAGUGAGUAUCACAGCUUUAUGCUCUGUACACAGUACACAUACUUACUGUAUCUAUUUAUGUCUAUGGCCGCACUCUGAUUAUCUAUGGCCUCAUUAUGAGUUUACUGCAUCCUAUAUACAGUAUUCUAUGUGUAUGUGUUACAUGCGUUACUAUGUGUGAUUUUGUGUGUGCCGACGUGUAUGUGUGUGUGGUUUCCUGUGUUGCAGCGAUAGCCACAGAGGGUAUGUGCCCUUCUCUGUUCAUGUCUGCCCUGUCGGCCCACCCGGACCGAACCCUGUCUCUGUGCUGGGAGCAACACUGCAAACUGCUGCCUGGCGUCCAGGGCAUCCAUGCUACACAGGUGGCAGCAUGGACCGUGGAGGAGGUGGGAGCUGUAAUACUCAUCCAAGUUCUCCGUCACUGCAACGGAUUUCCAGUUUGAGGGGGGAUUAUGAUUUUGGGUUAAAAAUAAAUAAAAACACUCCAGAACAUCUCAAACUAGAUAUAAAGUAUGUAGAAAUGAUAAUGGACCUAUAAUGAACAUUUUCAAAUAAAAUGGAUGCACUCACUACUGUAAGUUGCUCUGGAUAACAGCAUCUGCUAAAUGACUAAAAUGUAAAUAACUGCCCUUGACAAACACAUCGGUCGUAAAAAAAAUCUGUGCGGCCUUUGUUGUUGUUGCUUUAACCCCUAUUUAUCUUUGGCUUCAACAAACGGGUGGAGCAGAGUACAUUGGUAACUCUUUGUGUUCUGUGUAUCAGGUCUUUGGAUUUGUCCAGAAACUGACUGGUUGUGAAGAACAAGCCUGUGUCUUCAAAGAGGAAGUGAGUACAAUGUUAAUUGAUAAUUAAGUAUGAAGUAAUGAAACAAACAGGAGCCCAUUUAAAACAGUUAAAUUAAGUAAUUUAAGUUACAUUCUGUUGUCCUCUAUUGUUGUUUUGUUUGUAUGAUUCACUUUUUUAUAUUCCUGCGAUUGAGAGUUUCUUGUCUAUUUCUCCUCAGAUGAUUGACGGAGAGGCCUUCCUAUUACUGACACAGACUGACAUCGUCAAAAUCAUGAACAUCAAGCUCGGUCCCGCCCUCAAGAUCUCCAACGCCAUUUUAAUGUUCAAGAGUACUGACGAAGGCCUCAAGUGAUCCCGUCCCCACUCCGCCAGAGACUCCGUGACCAAUCAUCAUGUGCCAAAUUCAUCCAGAACCCUACCCCUGUUAUGUGUUUGGUGUUCAGUACCCAUCAGAGAGAGAGAGAGAACAUGAGAGGGGGCUGAGAGAAGAAAGUAAGUGGGGUGAGAGUGGAAAAGAGAUGGGGACAGAACUGAGAAAGUGAAUGAAGAAAACAGGGAAAAAGUGUAAGCAAAUGUUUUUAUAAUGUUGCUUCACUGCUCGUGCAAUAAAAGGAGUAAAAUCUUACCUGAAAGUGUAAGCAGCUUCGAAAGAUAUACUUUUUUCAUUUAUGCAAAAAAUAUAUGGAAUUAUUUAUGUGGGAUGAUGUUUUACUGCAAUUUUGUGUCACAGAUUUGAAAUCGAGGGUGGUUGUAUGCUGCUGUUCCUAUACUUGGUCACUAGAUAGAGCAUAUGGACAGUUUUUAAUACCAGAAAAGGUUUCAAUUUUCUCAAGUACUGAUCUUACGUGAGAUAAAUUCAAAAUCAUGUUUCAAAAUAUGCAUUUGAAAAGGUUUACAUUUUCAGUCAGAAAUAUUAAGAUAUCUGGGGGAUUUAUUGUUUUGUAUAAUUUUUAUAUUUUAUGUAGGCUUAUGCACUGUAUUUAAAUAGAAUCUUACAAGGGCUCCAGGAUUCUUAGAACUAUAUUUCUCUCUGGUGGGCAAACUGUCACGAUAUUCUUGGGUCAAAAUCAUUCAUUCCAUAUGUACAAAUAAAUGUCAAAUUCAAUCUC